AUGUCUGCAACACCACCACCUUCAUACAGGGAGCAAGUAGAGCUCAAAGCUUCCGCGAACGAUGCCAAAGACUUUCUUUCAGUGUAUUCAGACUGCUCAACCACACAGGCAGUGCCAAUUCCGCUCGGCCAAUCGUCGCGAAUGACCCGACACAGCAUUAAAUCAGCCAUCUGGUCCUUCAUGAAAGGUGAUAUAUACUACAAGCAUCAUCCGGCUUUUACACAGGAUAGAUAUUUCAACGCCAUGAUGAAGGACCAGAGAAUAAGCAACUGA